GUAUGAAGCCGCCAUGAAAGCUGCAUCGAGGAAAAAUGUCAUCCCUGGUUGUGCAAGCGUGGUCUUGAGACAUGGCAAGCUCAUCCACGCCAGAGCGUUUGGAUAUGCUGACCUAGAAACAAAAAGGCCCUUCCGCUUAGACACUAUUUGUCGGACCUUCUGUCUCACUAAGACCUAUGUCACUGUGGCCUUCAUGAUGCAGGUGGAGCAGGGCAAAGUGCGCCUAGAUGACCCUGUGGCCAAAUUCCUGCCUGCCUUUGCGGAUGUGCAGGUGGUGGCUGCUCGCUCCAGUGACGAAUCUCGACCAUCAUUGCUCUGCAAACCCAAGCGUGUGAUGCGAAUGCAACACUUGCUAACCCACACUUCCGGUCUCUCCUACGGUUGCGGCUUUGGGGAGGAGCCCAGUGAUGCCACUGAAACGGGCUAUGCCAAGCUGGUGAACGCGGUAGAUCAAGGCUCUGUGAGGAGCCUGGAAGACUUCACCAAUCGAUUGGCAAAGCUUCCGUUACGGUUCCAUCCAGGUGAUGCUUAUGCCUAUGGAUUUUCCACCGAUGUCCUGGGCCGGGUCUUGGAAGUUCUCUGCGGAAAGAGCUUGGAAGCGGCUUUGGCAGACGCCUUGUUUCGCCCACUGGGCAUGCACGACACCAGCUUUUCGGUCCCAGAUGAGAAGUUGCAUCGCCUGGCGGCAUGCUAUGGCAACGCCAGCACCUGGGGACGUCUCUAUGGUAGCCUCAGUGGUCGCGCGCCACGGGUCACCCGCACUGGACUGGUGCGUUUGGAUGGAGAUUCACCGGAAGAAAGUGCCUGGCGUCGUGGACAGGAGUGCAAAAUUCAGUCCGGUGGUGGCAUCAUGGGUCACCUGCAGGGCGGUCUGCUGAGCACCGUGGCAGACACCUUUCGCUUCGUGCGGAUGCUGGACAUGCGCGGCAUCACCAACGGCAUCCGGUUACUGCAGGAGGAGACGAUCCAAGCAAUGGAAAGGCCCAGGACAGAUUCUGGGCUUGCCAAUGAAGAGCGUCAGUGCUUGCUGGGAGCAUUGGCUGGCUUCAGUGGAAAGGAAUUUGGUUGGGGAGGAGCCGCUUGCACCUACUGGUCGGUCGACAGAAAGGAAGGCAAUGCCAUUGUGUGGUUUACCCAGCACUUGGAUAUGCCAGAGUGGGAGGACCAGGACAUAGUCAACAAGGAAGAAGCUGACAUAUGGACAGUACUGAAGAACGGAGCCAGGCGUCGAAAGGGCGGAAGAAGUUUCAGCAGUUCUGCUCUCAAAAGCUCCCUGAGUAGCUCCUCCAUGUGUUCGUUGUUGCACCGCUCUCGGUGUUCGAAGCAUGUCGUCUGAGACCACUGCAGUCCACCAGUUGACUGUUUGCUGCAGGGGCAGUUGCUGUAGAGUUGCCCACCCAUGGCCUAUAUCAAUGCAUCCUUAAAUGAAAAAAAAAAAUCAGUUGCCAGCACCGCCCCCAGCCGUUGCUGGCCAUCACAGUUGCUUGCUGGCGCGCCUCCGGAUUGGGGGACGACCGGUGGACUCAGCCAAUGUUCAACAAGGUGUGGCUGGAGAAUAUCAGGAUCUAUAG